AUGACCAAGUUCACUUUCGCCAAUUCUUCCGAGAAGGUACCCGGUGAUGGGAUCCUCCCCGCCCAGUUCUCCAUCAGAGCGGCCCCUCAAACAGAUGCCUGGUCCAAACCUCCAUCCACAGACACAUUCACUGCGCCAAUUCUAUACCGGAGUGUUCCGUUGAAGUCGUUCAAACGGGUCAGAGUCGCCUUCAACGCAGUCUGGCAGCAAAACUAUGACCAGGGUGGACUCAUCCUUGUCCUCAACGGUGCGGGAGGCACCCGGAAAUGGGUCAAGACAGGCAUCGAACUCACCCGUGGCCGACCUCACCUGAGUACCGUCACCAAAGACAACUGGGCGGACUGGAGUCUGCAGCCUGUCCCGUCAGGAGGUGGAGCGGCGACUCUAGAGCUGGUCCGAGAGUCAGACAAUAGCCUGUGGAUUUAUCUCGUGGAAGGCAUCCAGAAAUCUCCUCUUCGGGAAGUCACCUGGGUGUUCGAGGAACCGGAUGUUCAAGACCUCUGGGUUGGGCUCUAUGCAGCACGGCCUUCGAGAGAGGGGGAGGACCUGGUGGUGAACUUUGGCCAUCUGAUACUCGACACGUCAGAUUAA